ACGAUUACUUAUUUUAAGAAAUUAAUAUGAUAAAUAAUUUAUUUUAUUACGUUUUGUCGAUGUUAAUUUUAAGUGGAGUAACAGUUUCAAAACCUUCAAUUAAUGGGCGAAUAGUAGGAGGUGAAAAUGCCACAAUCGAAGAAUUUCCAUAUCAAGUAUCAUUGGAAAUAGACGGACAUCAUCAUUGUGGGGGUUCCAUACUUAAUUCCACGGUUAUUUUGACUGCUGCACAUUGUACUCAUUUCAUUAAAAACAUUGAAACUUUAAAAGUUCGAGCAGGUUCAACUAAGCGUGAACAAGGUGGUGUUGUUAGAGAUAUCAAAAGAAUAUUCGACCAUGAAUUAUGGAAUGAUCAAACAAUUGACUACGAUGUAUCUUUGAUUGUGUUGACAGAAUCACUACCAUUUUCAUCAUCAAUAUCAGCAAUCACACUUCCCGAAGAAAAUGAAUACUUAGAAGCUGAAGAACUAGCUGUUAUUACUGGAUGGGGUACAACUGAUGCUAACACGUCUGAACUACCAAUUAUAUUACAAAAAGCAUAUAUACCAAUUAUAAGCCAAAAAUUAUGUGAGGAAAUUCAUGCAAAAUCCAUCACAGUUACCCCACGAAUGAUUUGCGCUGGAUUGUAUGGAGUAGGUGGUAAAGGUGUUUGUCACAGUGAUUCUGGUGGUCCACUAGUUUCGAAAAAUAAAUUACAUGGAAUCACAUCAUGGAGUGUAGGAUGUGCUGAAAAAUUAUAUCCUAGUGUGUUUUGCCGUGUUACUGCUAUUCGUGAAUGGAUUCGAGAGAAAGUUAAUUUAUAAAAAUAAUUUUUUAUUGUAAAAUAAUUUAAUUUUAA